CACAACACAGCACACAUCAUUGUGUCAUUGCUGAAGCAGAAAAGAGGUUAACGAAGGGAUAGAGGUGUCCAGGAUUUUUGCACAAGCAACUUGGCUGCUUUGUUGCCUGGCCCCACACUGGUCAAUAAUUCCCUUUGCGCCGCUCCCUCUCCCAGCUGCCUUGCAGAAAGAGGGAGGCUGCACCCAGGAAAGGCUGUUUCUUUGUUCCCGCCUUCAGUCCUUUGGAUAUUUUCCUCUCAGGUGCAGUUUCAGAAUUGGCUCUGUUGCAGGCAGUUUCCUGAGCAGGCUUCAUGGGUUGUUCAAGCAGCACGCAAACCCAGUUCCAGGACAGCAACAGACCAAGCUCCAAACUGGAGGAAAGAAAUGGAGGCAGCAGAUGUGUAGCUCCGGACAGAAACGGCCUGACUGCCAGCGGAAGUGAAACAAUUCCAGAUCAAUCCCAGCUACCAGAAGCUGAAGACUUUGACAUUGCCCCUGCUGAGGUUGUCACCAGUGAACCAAGUCCUUCUGAAGCUGUUGGGGAUUUGGAGGUGGCCCCUGAGAUUGGCCGCAGUUCGGUGGCUGCAGUGGAAGAGCCAGAGAUUCCUGCAGCUCCACUGGAAGCAGCGUUUCCUAUUGACACAGACGAUAUUGGCGAGAUACAGCCCUCUGGGAUGGAAGGGCAGACUGAAGGUAAGGUCGAAGAAGAGUUGGAAAGUGAGAUAAAUGUUGACCCUGCGUUUGAGGAGGUGGAGACAAACGAAGAGAAAACAGAUGACACUGUGGCUUCUGAAGUGACAGAGAUAAAAAGUAAAGAAGAUUAAACCCUAGCUAUUCCAGUUUUUGGAUGAUACAUUUCUGCUCACCUGGAACCUGUACAGUUGCUUCCUAUCAUACAAUUUAAGUGCUCAACAAGAAUCCAAGAGGUUUCAGCAGUUCUGCAGAAAUAACAAAUGCUCAUUUUGGGGUUUCGACACAAAUCACUUGCCAAGCCACAGCCAUGCAUUCUCUGUGACUGAAUAAUUUGAUGUGUUAAUGAUAUCCAUUGACUACCCACUAAUGUCACAACAAAUGAGAGAUAGUAACCAAAUCAUUCUUGGGAGCCAGUUUGUUUCACUACAGAUUUAGUCUUUUAGGUCCAGUCAAUUUGGAAUGUGGCACUCUGUGUAAUUGCAAACUUGGGAUUGUGACCUACAGGUGGAAGAAUUUAAUGCAUGUGUUUAUUCACAAUAUGAAAGCCAGCAAAACAGAUGAAACAAAAAUAGUACACAAUGGUGUUGCACAAUCACCUUGAAAGGUGAUAGAAGUGCGACAAUCUGGGUAAUGUUUUGUGUACUAGUACAGUAAGCAUAAUUAGAGGUUUAAACUUGUUUAUUUGCUGAGACUGCACAAGUACAUGCCCAUGACUUCACAUAGAACUAUGUAAUAUGCAUGUUUUCUGUGGAGAGGUUGGACUGAAGGAGCAUUGCUCACAGCACUGGAACUGCCUGGUGGUUGAGGAGGUUUACCAAAAUUGUCUUUUCACUGUGCAAUGCAAUGUUAUAUAUAUCCCCAUGUACACAAUUAUGUUAGGGAAAAAGGUAAGAAUUUUAUAAGUUAUUAGAUUCACAAGCAUGAAUAUAUUCCUAUUCUAGCCCGUAAGAUGUUCGUAAGGAUAUCAUUUAAACACACAUAUCAAUAAAAUUUUUGUAAGGCAAGGGUAACAGAGCACCUGGGUAGAUUGAUCAAUGAUACAAAUCAGCCAUAAUCCAAUUGAAUAAUGAACUAGGUUUAAACGGCUGAAAGGAACAGGAAGAAGCCAAUAUUAAAAUGAAAUUG